AUGGUCAUGUGGCAUGAAAUUCGAAAACAUGAGAAAAAACUACGAGGAAUUAUGGUCGAUUAUAAAAAACGUUCAGAACGACGCAAAGAAUAUUAUGAAAAAAUUAAACGUGACCCAGCUGAAUUUUUACAAAUAUGGGGGCGACCGUGCAAGAUACAUUUUGAUCAAGCUGUUGCAGCUGCUGGCGAUAAUCCAUCGACAAUGACACCAUGGCGUGAUGAUCCAAAUACAAUAAUCGAUCGCUUUGAUGUUCGCGCUCAUUUGGAUAUUAUCGAUGAAAUGAAUCUAAACAUAUCUAAUGCUAAAGAAGCAAACGAAUUGUCUGAAGCCGAACGAAAUGAAGAGCGAAUGUGUAAUUAUGAACGAUAUCGAGUAUUAGUACAAUAUGAAGCGGCGGGAGUUUCCGAAGAGCAAACAUUACGUGAAAUUGAACUAGAUGAAAAAUUUGGUGUUAGAGAGGAUGUACAUCCGUAUGUGGAAAAGAAGAAACCAAAUGAAAAGAAAGCAGAAAUUGGAUUUCUUUAUGACGAUUCUGCUAUACCAUCAACAUCAAAGAAACAACCUCAGCAUUCAACAAUGUUAGCUGGAGAUAAUGACACAGAUUCAGAAGAUGAAGAUGAUACAUUCGAUUUAGAUUUACAAAUUGAUGUUGAUCAAUUAACAAGUGAUAGUAAAGCAAUAUUUAAUAAAUGUGCAAUGAGUUAUGGAAUGGAAUUUGGAGAUUUUGUACGUAUGUUAAUAUUGGAUAAAGAGGAAUUAGAAAUCAUACGCGAAAAUAAACUUAUUGAGCAAGAAAAACAACAAUUUUCAGUAAAGGGUCGUAAAGCUAGACGUGAACGUCGUUUGGCGAAAGAGAAACGCCUUCGUGAACGAGACUUCAGUCCACCGAGUUAUAUGGCACGUGAAUUACCCAAACAUAAUCCAUAUGAAUCGACACUUCGUGAUCAAAAAUCUCGUUCGAAAUCUCGUUCACAAUCGCCUGUCGGUCCACCUGUAAAAGAAAAAAUUCAAUUCAUAACAGCAUUUGGUGGUAGUGACGAUGAACAACAAAAACAGCGACAUCAAAAUGGUUCACCUCGUGCAAGUAAACGAUCAUCUUCUACAACAACACCGAAAUCUAAAUCUUCAGCGAUUAAAAUUAAUGUCAAAGACGAUAAUAAAAAGCGAACAUCGAAACCAAUAAGUAAAUCGUUAAUUGAAGAAUGUCUGCAAGUUAAACAAAAACUAGAACCAACGCCACCGCCUCCUCCCAAACCAGUUUUAUCAACUACACCAGUUGUAUUACCACCUGUGAUAAUACCUCAUUUGGCAAAGAAAAAUGAUGAUCUUCGUGAGAGACUGUCAACAUUACAAAAAUUAAAAGAUACAUCACCUGUCUUAACGCUGACUGAUGAUCUCGAUGAUACAUUGAGUACCACAACUACCAAACGCAAUCAAUUUUUGCCAAAUUUAACAUCAUCUCCAGAUUUGAAUCGAACAACUUCUCCUACCAUAAAAAUCAAAAAUAAAUCCUUAUAUGAAAGUAAUAGUUAUCAACUAGAUACAAAUGAUAGUAAAAGUGACAGCGAUCCAAGUGAUGACGAUGAUCGAAAUUCAGAUGAACAAGCAUUGAAACAAUAUCUCAAACGAAAAGAAGCAAGAAAGAAAGACGGAAUUGAUACGAAGAGUAAGAGCAGCAAUGAACCCAACAUCAAAAAUGAAUCAUUUAAUAAACCAAAUGAAUUCAAAGUACAUCAGGAAAAAUUACGUCGACGAAUGCAAACAUUAUUGAAAAAACAAUUUAAAAAAGAUAAAGAAGUGCAACGGGAAAGAGAAGAACGAGAAGAAAAAGAACGAAUGGCACGUGAAGCAGAAUUAAGACAUUUAUCAACUCAAUUAAGAAAACGUGAUCGGGAUAAACGGUAUCGAUCAUCAAACAGAAGUGAUUCAGAUGAUAAUGAACGAAGUAAAAGUAGAACAAGAUCAAGAUCAAGAAGUUCAAGUCAAUCAGAUAAAAGUCGUUACAAUAACCACAAUGAAUCGCGUGCGGAGCGCACGCGUACACCUUCUCCGCCACCAUUUCCAAUUACAUCUCGUCAUGAUCGUUCUCACCCGUCUUCAUCUUCAACAUCACAUAACUAUUCUGAAAUUUUUGCUAAUUCACCAUUUUUUAACCGUGUUGUACGAUCAAAUCCACAUUCACGCGUUUCCUCAUCAACUACGAAAAAAGAAAAUCGUUCUCGUACUCGUUCUCGUUCAUCAUCUUUAUCACCGUCACCUACAUCACAAAAACAAAAAUUUCAAAGAAAACGAAAACAUUCAUCGACCACAUCCUCUACAGAUUCAAAGUCGCCAUCACCACAGCGUAAAACGAAUAAAAAAAAGAAUCGUCCAAAACAUCGAUCGUCUAGUUCAUCUCGAUCAGCAACUCCACCUUCUUCUCGACACAGAAUACAAGAGAAGAAUCAUAAUAAAAAAUCGUUAAAACUUGUGGAUUAUGAGUAG